AUGUCACGACUCUCCAGUAGCCUCAAGGCAUUGAUCAAUGCCCCAUCCGCAAGGCCUCACACUGUGCCUGCGCCCGCCAACAUUGUCUCUGUCUACUCCAAAAUCCAGCAGACUGCUCAAGCCCAGCAUGUCUCACAGCCAUCAUGGGUUGCGCUGUCGACCGCUGCCACAAUGACCAUGAACUCUCCCGAAUCCCUCGCCAUCCUCUACCAACUCGCUUCCUCCACAUCAAACAAUGUUGAAACCGCCGAACUCAUGCGCGAGGUAGGACUGAAGUGUAUCAGCUUCAACGGAAUCCCACGAACAAUCAACUGUCUCAAUGCUUUCAAGGCUAGUCUCCCUGAGGCUGUCGGCGACAAGCUAUCGCGCACCCCGACCCGCGCCCCUACACCAGCGAACAUCACCGAGAUCAGCCAGCGUGGCCGAGAACUCUGGGACUCGAUCUACAGGCCCUUUGAGCAGAAGUUAUACAAUAAACUUGCAGAUUCGCACCCCGAUCUUCCUGUGCAUAUCCUGCACAGUAACUACGGUGCUCUGCUCUCCGACCCUGCACGAGAAACCGGUGCUUCGGCCGGUCGCGUGUUGACCUCCAUCGUGGCUGUGGCCUGUCUGCGCGCGCAAACGGGCGUUGGUCCCCAGGUCCUUUCUCACGUUUUUGGACUCCGGAAGGCGCUGGAGGAUGGAACUUGGGCUAGUGAUGUUGAGAGCGAGCAAGGCGCACGCUGGUUGGCCAGUGAUGAAGGCAAUACCUGGAUCUUGAGCAGUGUGGAUGCUAUCGUCGAGGCUAUUAGCCAGGGAACAGGCUCGAACUUUGCGCCUGGAAAAGCCAAGCUGUGA